CCAUCAACCUCAACGCACGUCACUGGUGACUCUGUUAAAGGGGAGGACUUUCUGUGGGUUCAGAGUCCGACCAGGCAAUAGUGCAUGUUCUGGUUCGUCAGGAUAUGUGAGAAAAAAAACCUUCAAAAUUAAUGGUGAUGGAAUCUCAGUACCACCAGUUUGGGUCAUCCAGUGAGGGAUUUGAGCUCGCAGAGCAGAACAUGAAUUUGCAGAAAGGUAUGAACAGGAUAUUGGUGUACGUCAUCUCUGGUAUCAUAGUUGCCCUGCUUUUGAUUCAGCUGAUGGUAACCGGGAUAAAAUUCUCCCAAUUAAACACGGAAGUCAGUGAUGUCAAGCUUCUUCUUGACAGACUCAGCCAUCAAACCUCCAGUUCGGGAGGUGGGACAACCUUACGAGACGUUCAUUUACCAAAACGUGUCCCAAUUAGAGGAACAUGUAAGGAAGGCUGGGUGUCUUUCCAAAGCAGUUGCUACCUGCUGUCCACCACCACUGCCACCUGGAGCAAAGCUGAGGAGCAGUGUCGCUCGCAUGGAGGACACCUGGUGGUUCUGAAUGGUGUGGAGGAACUGGACUUUAUUUCAGAAAUUUCUGAAAUCACCUAUAAAUACUGGAUUGGAUUGGUGGAGCGAACACACGAGGGGGAGUGGAGUUGGGUGGAUGGCACUGAUUACAACGUAACCCCAAAGUUCUGGGAUGUAGAUCAACCUGACAACUGGGCCUUCAGAAGAAAUGGAGAGGACUGUGGGCAGCUCCAUGCUACUGAUGUGCGCGUACAGAGGCGGUGGAAUGACGCUGACUGCAAUCUGUCAUACAACUAUAUUUGUGAAAUUAAGACAUGACAGCCUCCUCUCAUCAUUUUCACUAUUUUUAUUGUCUCAGAUAAACUGUGACUCUCUAAGUAGGCCACACAGGCAGCAACAAGAGAAAAGAUGAUGUCGUAGUCUGCAUUUUCUCUACAUAAGCAAACAAAACCUUCAAACUCAACACUCGAAAAUAAAAGCAGAUGCAAGUUGGAGUGUUA